GCCAGUAACAUAUGAACAAUGGCUAUAAUUGUCGUAAUAUACAUUUUAAGUUCAUUUUUUUGUGAAGCAAGAGUGUUUUGCGAGGACAGCUACGCCUCACCAUGGACUCCGUUCGGUUACGCUUGUCCUGUGUUAUGUGCAACUGUCGUGAACGCUAUAAAGAGGCUUAAAAUAAUGGAUUACAAGAAAACAAUAUUCCAAGAUUUGAGUAUAGAGCCGAUGAGUGAUAUUAAUGAUGUUGUUUACAAUAUAGCGAGGAGUAAACAAACAAAAAACGAUAAAUCCAAUUCGCACAAAUUUAAAUUUCGUAAACAGAAUGGAUACAAUAAAAAAUCUUAUAAAAGUGAUGAACUGAAAAGGGGAAUUUAUUAUAACAAACACUUUGAUAUAGAUAAAAUUGACAAAUCAAAGCAAUUAAAAAAGCAUAUUAAAGAAAAUUAUAUAAAUAAUAAAGGAUUACAACAUAAUUCCAACGAUUAUUACAAAGUUGACGAAAUUAGAAAUUUUGUAGACAAGAUGGCGUCUUUACUCGAAAUGGCGGACAGGAAUAUGACAGCUUUGAAAGCCGAGUACAAUAAUUCCAGUGUUUCGAGACGAUUUCAUUUAGACAAUACCUUUGUUAACAUUAUGACAAAUGUUUUAAACAAAUAUGUAUCUUCGUCGUUCAAAUUCACUCAGGAGAUGACAGGGGUAAUCCUCAAUAAAUUAUUCUUCAGCUCAAAUGCACAAAAACGCUUUUACGAUGUGGGAAAACUUUUAAAAUACCUAAGAAAAACUGUGCAUAUAAAAAACAACGUUAACAAUUACGUCAUAACUUUACGGCCACAUAACUGUAUGACUAUCAGUGUACCGGGAUGCUUUUGUAAACAAGGAUACGUGGAACAAUCGGGGCAGUGUGUGGAGCCAGCCAAGUGUCUACAUGACCGGUCACUCUUAGAAUAUUUAGAUAGAAUUAAUAUUUUAUAAUAAGCUGUAUAUUUUGCCCUAAAAAUUAAGAAAAAUGCUCGACGUGUCGGCUUAGCAACUGUUGUGCUGCUUGACUGGUUCAAUUCAAGCCACUAUACAAAAUUAACAUAGACUUUAAUGACAACACAUUACAAAUUUGUAACAGAUUCCUUUUAAAGCAAAAUGCAUUUUUUUAUAUAUUUUAUCUAAGGCCUUUAACCCCACUUGGUACCACAUCCUAAUAAAAUAAACUGAAUGUACUAUGUACGUAGGUGUAGUCACAAGCAGACAGACAAAUGUUGAUUGAUUGUUGUAUUCUUACACACUGUCUCUUGUAAAUAAUAAAAAAUAUAUAUACUUACUCU